CUCCGGUGGUUACUCAAGGUGGUGACGACAAAACUCGCUGCAAUGGAGGACGAGAUUCAAUACGUCCCCCGAGGGUACCUCAGCUAUUUCGAUGUCACCGACGAACUUUUUCCGUGGCAAGAUAAUGUUGUCGAAGAAAUAGAACGACGACGAGCGUCACUCAACGACAUGCUUCUUUUUGACAUUCUUUUGUCGUUGGGCGGCAUACGGGAGCCCGAUACACUUUACCCGCCACGAGAUGUGCAAUCCCUCGAACGCCUAUUGAACGCGAUUUCCGCAUCUCAGUACGACGUACUCAAAAAAGACUGUCUCGUUUAUUUCCUUCUCAAGUGGUAUGAAGAUGGACGGGAAGGCAAGUUCGAGCAGGCCCGGUCGAUACCACCUCAGUUUUGUGCGCUUUCAGACGCGUACUGGCAUUUGGAUGCGGGGCUCAACGUACAGCGUGCGGUUGCCCUUCUUUCCGAUUCGCGCCUGAACCGGGACUAUGCUUCAAAAAUUCUCCACGCCAUCUCCCUCUCCGGCGACCCGACGAACCUCAUACUCAAGUACGUUCGAACGGCGAAGCCUCUUUUGACGGAACCAGAGGAUAUGAAACUCUACACACUUGCGCUUGCCGAUUCUAAUUUCUUUGAAGCAUGGCAGUAUCAACGAUCAUUCAAUGAAUCGGAUGAGAUGAGGCCACGUCUGUUUAAUGCUUUGUUGGAGUGGUGCAUGACGCCGUCACCACGACCUGGUGCACUUUCGCAACUAUUGGGUCUGCCUCUGUCUUCCUUUGAGCAGUCCAUCCUUCACACCUAUGCGCUCCAACCGUCAUUCGAUCUUCCUCCAUCAGCUAUUGCUGUUCUACAAGACCUCGUUUGUGUCCGUCUUAUUGAAAGCGGUAGUUAUGUUGAAGCUAUCAAAAUCGACCGACAAUUCUCUUCUAUCUCAAUGCUUAAGGGUCAUCACAUCACCCAAGAACGAAGAGAAAUGAUCCAGGAAAUUUACGCUUCUUUACCUCAAGUUGAACGUACAGUAUUGGACCUGGAAUUAGAAGCCCAGGAUGCCGCUUCUACCAGUUUCAUGGGAUCCAGCAGUCGCAAUGCUGGUGAUAUCAGCAUGUCAAAUUCAUGGGAGGAUAUCAGGCCAUCACAUCUAAUACCCACUUCAAUCAAUGGCAAGACUUCCCCCGUACAACCGUCGACUUUAGAUCGGUCAACAGGUUUCCGGGUCAUACCUUUCGGAUCGACAAAUAGCCUUUCUCAAUCCUUCUCAUCGGUUCAUUCUAUGACGGGUUUGCCAAACGAUGCCUCAUCCUCAAAAACGCGUAUACCUCCGCCUUCAAUACCACUCUCCUCAACAUCUUCGACCCUCUACCAAUCAUUAAAUCGAUCACAACAGUCAAUACCUUCCGCAUCGGCUCCUCCAUCGACACUCACACCUUUUGAGUCUGCAACCAAGCGACAAAAUGCAUUUUUUCAGCCUCAGGACCGCAGGAAGAGUGGGGGUCAGAUGUUCAGUCUGGCCAACGGCAGUGCCCGUGCCGAAAGUACCAUGGAGCAAAACGAAACCAUUAUUCAGAUGCAUGAUGAGUAUCAUGAGUCGAUGAGCCCCGACGAAGAUGACGGUCCACCUCCUCCAGAACAGUCGUUCUCUGAGUCCUUGUUUGGCAUCACCCAAAGCGUUUCUGAGCCCAUGAGCAAGGUGAGCAAUGGACGACCGCCGAUAACGAACAAUACAUCCAAAAUGCCUCCCGGGGCAUUUGAAGAAACGCAUACUGACGAGGAGCUACACCAUGAAGUCCCAGCACGGCCGAUGAGAAUGGAAACACGGCAUCGUACUGUCAAAGUGCGGGACACGAAUCUGAAGCGCAGUAUACCUGGUGCAUUGAUGGAUGAAACCGAUGAGGAGGAGGAUGAGGAGGAGGAUGAGGUAGCCCCGUUGCGCUCGCCUUCACCUCCGCGCAGGGCGGUUCGGAAGGGGCGCGGGUCCACAACUGAAACCCCAGCCACAGCAGAGCCGAGUAGAAGGCGAUCAUCGCGUUUGUCCUCGGUGCCUCAACCAGAGCCUGUUCACCCGCUCAAAAAAACGAAGUCGAGAAAGUCGACUGUCACCGCCACGACUACGCCAAAGGCCAAGAGGAAACGGUGAUACAUUAAUUGUAUUCACAUGUUUAUAACGUUACUGCGCAAUGCGGUUUAUAUAUCUUAUAUAUCCGACCGUUAGUAGUCUCGUAAACCAGACUCAACGAUCCGUAUGAAGAUAAAGCGUUCAAUGGAUGUACGUUAGUAUAAUCUUGACGUGGCAUUUUACGCUGUCUUUGUUUUGAUCCAUUACAUAUGGAAGAGAUGUUGCAGUGUCAUCCC